GCAGCGCCGCGCAACUCCGCCCCGCGCGGGCUCAGGAGCGUCGGGGCCCCGCACCCCUGCCCAGAGCUCCAGAAAAGCCCCAGCCCGGCUUCGGCCACGCAUCCCCUCCUACCCCAGUGCGUUUCCCUUGGACUUCUGGAGGUGGGUUGACCUCCGGAGGGUGGAAUCCUUCCCUGGCUGGGACCGGCCAGCCCGCCCAGGAAAGAGAGGGUCCCGAAGACCCUCUACAGCCGUGGACCUCGGCACAGCCACGGCAGAGUUCUGGCCUGUGGUCGUGCAGUCCAGGGGGCUGGAUGGCAUGCUGGACCCAAGCUCAGUACAGUGUCUGGGCCCAAUAACGGCUUUUCCAAGGGAGCAGCUUUCUGUCCUGGCCACAUUGAGGUGCAUAGCGUAAUGUCCAUGUUGUUCUACACUCUGAUCACAGCUUUACUGAUCGGCAUCCAGGCAGAACCCCAUACAGACAGCAAUGUCCCAGCAGCACACGGCACGCCCCAGGCCCACUGGACUAAACUGCAGCAUUCCCUGGACACAGCCCUCCGCAGAGCCCGCGCAGCCCCUGCCGUGGCAAUAGCUGCCCGCGUGGCAGGGCAGACCCGCAACAUCACUGUGGAUCCCAGACUCUUUAAGAAACGGCGCCUACGUUCCCCUCGCGUGCUGUUCAGCACCCAGCCCCCACUGGUGGCCGUGGACAUUGAGGAGGUGGACCUGGAGGCUGACACGGACUCCCUCUCCAACAGGACUCAAAGGAGGAAGCGCUCGCCCAGCCACCCGGUCUUCCACAUGGGCGAGUUCUCGGUGUGUGACAGUGUCAGCGUGUGGGUGGGAGAUAAGACCACGGCCACGGACAUCAAGGGCAAGGAGGUGAAGGUGCUAGGUGAGGUGAACAUCAACAACAGUGUGUUCAAACAGUACUUUUUUGAGACCAAGUGCCGAGACCCCAACCCCGUGGAUAGCGGUUGCCGCGGCAUCGACUCGAAGCACUGGAACUCAUACUGCACCACAACUCACACGUUCGUCAAAGCGCUGACCACGGACGAUAAGCAGGCGGCCUGGCGUUUCAUCCGCAUAGACACGGCUUGCGUGUGCGUGCUCAGCAGGAAAGCUUCGCGAAGGGGCUGAGCCGCCCGUGGCCCCUCCCACCCACCUCCCACACUCUCCUGGGCUCCCCUCCCUACCUCAACCUGUAAAUUAUUUUAAAUUAUAAGGACUGCAUGGUAAUUUAUAGUUUAUACAGUUUUAAAGAAAAUCAUUAUUUAUUAAAUUUUGGAAGCAUC